UAAAUUAGUUGUAGGUGUACUGUUGUUUAGUAAAAUCAGAUAAAUGCUACUAAAUAUUUUCAUUAGCUUACGAUAAUAUCCAAGCUACUUAUAAAGGAUUAUCACAAGCAGUUUGUCAUAAAAGCCAAUAAUAUCUGCAGUGCAAAAUGCAGAGAAGAGACGUUAGUUUGCAUGUUUGUGUUGUUGUGUAGAGAGGAAUGGACCAAAGCCAUCCAGACCGUGUCCGACAGUCUGCAGAAACAAGAGGAGGAGAUGAUGGACGCGUCUCCAGAACACAUGGACAUGGAGAUGUUUCUGACCAAACCUCGACUCAAAGUGACUAUGCAUGACUUCGAAUACCUCAAACUGCUGGGAAAAGGCACUUUUGGGAAGGUGAUUUUGGUGAAGGAGAAAGCAACGGGAAAAUAUUACGCCAUGAAAAUCCUCAAGAAAGAAGUGAUUGUAGCCAAAGAUGAAGUGGCUCACACACUCGCAGAGAACCGUGUGCUGCAGAACUCCAAACACCCCUUCCUCACGGGUCUGAAAUACUCUUUCCAGACCCACGACCGCUUGUGUUUCGUCAUGGAGUACGCAAACGGAGGAGAGCUUUUCUUCCACUUGUCUCGGGAUCGGGUUUUCUCGGAGGAUCGUGCACGUUUCUAUGGAGCUGAGAUCGUGUCUGCGCUGGAUUACCUGCAUUCAGAGCGAAACGUGGUCUACAGGGACCUGAAGCUGGAAAACCUGAUGCUGGAUAAAGACGGUCACAUAAAGAUCACGGACUUUGGCUUGUGUAAGGAGGGAAUCACAGACGGAGCCACGAUGAAGACCUUCUGUGGGACUCCAGAGUAUCUGGCUCCUGAGGUGCUGGAGGAUAAUGACUACGGUCGUGCGGUGGACUGGUGGGGUUUGGGUGUGGUGAUGUAUGAGAUGAUGUGCGGCCGCCUGCCAUUCUAUAACCAGGAUCACGAGCGUCUGUUUGAGCUCAUCCUGAUGGAGGACAUCCGCUUCCCUCGAACACUCGCGCCCGAUGCCAAGUCCCUGCUGUCCGGCCUGCUCAAGAAAGACCCCCAACAACGGUUAGGUGGUGGCCCGGAUGAUGCGAAAGAAAUCAUGCAGCACAAAUUCUUCACUGGAAUUGUGUGGCAAGACGUUUACGAAAAGAAGCUGGUUCCUCCGUUCAAACCACAGGUGAGCUCAGAAACAGACACCAGAUAUUUCGAUGAAGAGUUCACAGGACAGACCAUCACCAUCACGCCGCCGGGACAAGAAGACAGUAUGGAGUCGUUCGACAGCGAGAGGAGGCCACACUUCCCACAGUUCUCCUACUCGGCCAGCGGAACGGCCUAAAGCCUCCCGAUCUCCGACACUUCAGCAAGAAGAUCCCCAACCUCACUGCUCUGAGAUCACACGUUCACUUUACCACGUUUACCACGUCUGGAUCUGUGAUGUUUGUCCGUUUCACAAUGCUUUCUGAGGAUAUGAGAGGGAACACUAACACUUCCAGCCAAAUCAAUGCUGAUUCAUUAAGAACUUCUUUAAUCUGGCGCUAUAGUCGUAUUAAAACUAAUGUCAUGCCAAAUAUUACUGUCUUUACAUUCACUAUAUGAACUGACCAAUUGAAAACGAACAGCAGCUUUUACUAUAUAUAUAUAUAUAUAUAUAUAUAUCUAGAAUAUAAUUCUGCUAUAUUUGUAAUUUUACACAUGACUUCUCGACUGAAGCGUGUUUUGACUCCCAAAGUAGUUUAGUUUGGACUAAAUUUCACUUGAUCAUUUGCAAUCGAAUGUGCAAUACAGUAGAAAUUUAGAUAAAUUAUUUUUUUGUAAUUAUUAAAAUGACUGAAUUCCACUAAAAAUAACUAGAAAUUAACUUAUUAAAACCCCCACCAAUGUAUUAAAGGAGUGCAACCGGUCUAGAACAUUUCUGAAUCGUAUUUCAAUCGAAAAAAUAGAAAUAAGCAAUUAUGUUUUGCUUUAAGAAAAUAAAGCCUGUUUUUCGGACUAAAAAUGAUGGUAUUUAAGUGAUGAGAACUUAAGUUAAAAAACCCAAUGUAUGCAUGAGAAUGAGAAAUCCUAAUUUAUUUAUAUGAUGCAAUUUUAUAAAAUUGAGUCAUAACAGUUUCUGUUAGUGAAAACAAUGGUUUAUAUUGUUUUUGCAUGUUACCUUUCCAUUUUUGGCAUUGAAUAAAUUAUUUUACCAUUUAAAUACGGCACAAAAAUAUGGAAGCUUGUUUCCGCCAU